AUGUCAUUAUCAGAGAAAUUUUCACUACCAGUAGGUUUAUGCUGUUUUCUUCUGCUAGCAACAUUUUGUUCGUACAUCAUUUAUUAUGGAAAAAUUACCAAAUACUCAAAAGUAUCCUUUGUAAAGUUGGUUAAUUCGUCUUUAACAUCAGCUAGACUAUCGACUCAUUGUUCAACUCGUGGCGAUAAAUGGAUUGUUAUAACAACAAUAUUUUAUCCGACACCAGCUAUUCGUAAAUUUCUAUCGUUAUCAUCAGAUUGGAAACUAAUGAUUAUUGGCGAUCGAAAAACGCCAAAAGAUUGGCUAUUAAACAUCACAAACAUGAAUCAUUCAAAAAUCAUUUUUCUAAGUAUCCAUGAUCAACUAAAACUCGAUUACCGUAUUAUCAGAUAUAUACCAGAAGGAUCCUAUGCUCGAAAAAAUAUUGGUUAUCUUGCUGCAAUCGAAUGUGGUGCACAAGUAAUCUUUGAGUCGGACGACGAUAAUCUACUUCAGACAAACGAUAUCAAAGUCCUAGCAAAACAAAGUUCACCGUUAGAGGUACCCUGGUUCGCGUUUCAUCGUCAGCGAUCACCAUUCGUCAAUAUAUACGGCAUAUUCGGUCAACAAAAAGUCUGGCCUCGUGGAUUUCCCAUUGACGAGUUGAAAAAUGUUACAGAGGACGGUUGGUAUUCAUUAAGAAUGAGAAGAAGUGAUGAACAAGUUAAUGCUUAUAUUCAACAAUAUUUAGUUGAUCUGGAUCCUGAUGUAGAUGCUCUCUAUCGUCUAACACAUCCAAUGUCCGUCGGACACAUUUACUUUGAUCAUGAACAACCACCGGUUGCUCUUGAACCGUUUACAUUCUCUCCAUAUAAUACCCAAAAUACCGUCACCUAUUACGAAGCAUUUUGGGGUUUGUACUUACCCAUCACCACAACAUUUCGUGUUUGUGAUAUCUGGCGCGGUUUCUGGGUACAGCGUAUGCUAUGGGAUAUUGGUGGCCAUCUUGUGUUCGGAACGAGUACAGUCGAACAAAAGAGAAAUCCUCAUAACCUUAUCAAGGAUAUGAAUGAUGAACAACAAAUAUAUCAGCAAGGCGGGAAAUUUGUACGUUUUCUCAUUUCGUGGAAUUCAACUGCAGACACUUUAGUCAAAAGAAUAAUUCAGCUGUCAUCGGAUAUUGCAAGAGCUGGCUUUUGGAGCUCGAAAGAAGUUGAAAUAAUGAAUGCCUGGCUAGAGGAUAUCCAACGUAUCGGAUAUAAGCCUCCGCCGUUGGAGAAAAAAUCGCUUAACCGUGUUAAAAAUCAAACGCGUGUUGCUAUGUGUGUAAGUGGUGUGUCUGAAUGUGUUAAUGAUUCAUGGAAAGUAACAGAAAGCGAGAUAAGAAAACGACUAAACGGACAAAUUGAUUUAUUUCUCUUUUUAUCAUCUAGUACAACAGUGGAUCAGCCAGAAACCGUUUCUCUCGACAUUCGAUUAAAAGAGGCUCGAUUAUACAAUGCAACUGUGAAGAUAUUAUAUGAAGACCGAUCGCUAGAUCCAGGGUUUCCGUCUCAUUGUAAAGUCGACUAUCAUCUACCUGGAUUCAAGAUUCCACGAUAUUUUCAACAACUUUGGGCUUUGUCUAAAUGUUAUGAAUUGAUUCGAGAGUAUGAGCAGAAAAUGCUUGUUGAAUAUCAAUUACUCGUUCGAUCUAGAGUUGAUCUUCAGUUCAAGAAAGUUCCAAGUACGUUCGAACGACCUCCACCAUAUGAUAUGAAUCACACGAUACUAGUACCGGCAAAUCGAUUUUUUUUGGGUUAUGAUGAUGGAUGGGCCAUAGGUCCUAUUGAUUUAAUGAAGUAUUAUAUGUUGAGAUGGUAUUCAUUUCCACUCUGCUUAGAGACAAAUUACCAUGCAGAAACGUAUUUAAAAGCUUAUUUGGCUAGAUAUACAAAUGUUUCUGUAGACCCUGAAACAGUUAACGAUGCUGUAACGCAUGGUGGCUCAAACUGUCAUUAA